AUGUCAACUUCGCGUUUGAAUUGCCGAAUUCUGUGGUCACCACACAAAGAUUCUAAUUUAUUUUUGAUUGGAUCAAAUAAUGAUUUAAGGUUAUAUGAAUAUAUUCCAAAGGGACCAGCAAAUUUUAAAUUGAUUUUUGUGAAUCCAGAUAUAGCAUCAAUGAGGUGCAUUGCUUGGUCACCUGACUCCAAUUUUCCGAGUUUAAUUGCAGCAGGAUUUGCAAAUGGCAAAACAUAUCUUGUUAAUAUUCAUGAUGAAUCAACGUUAAGCGAAUCUCAUGUAAAUAAUUAUUUAACAUCAUCAAAACCAUUUAAUGUACUUUCUCAACAACCACCAUAUGCAGUUUUAAAUUCUAAAAAUUCAAAACCAUGUAACGAGGUAGAAUUUUCUCUGGCAGAUCCAAGAUUAUUAGCAACCGGAUCUGAUAAAGUUAGGAAUGAUUAUUGUUUAUUAAUUUGGGAUGUCGAAAGAGCUGCAAAAUGUGGAGAUAAAAAUUAUUGUAAUACGCCGAAAUUAUCCGCAGAGAUGCCUAGUAGAACCGGUAGCAUUAGUGGUUGGAGUGUUAAAAGUGAUCAUAAUGAUGUUGGAGUUUCUCCCGGUGGAUUUGGUGGGAGGGGAAUUGGCUCCGUUGUAAUGGAUGAUAAUUACACUUAUCCAUUAGAGAUGGCAAGGUCUGGUUAUUCAAUGUAUGAAUCUCCAUUCGUUCCAAGACCUCAACCCGCAGCGAGUUAUAAUACGCGUACUGAUGAAACAAAACCUAUUCACAAUUUUGGAUUAUCAGAAUAUGUUAAUUCUAUAAGUUGGAUUCGUACAACGAAACAAUUGGUUGCUGGAAUGUCGGGGAAAUUUUUGAAGAUUUUUGAUUUAAGAUCAACGGAAAAUCCUGCCAUUACAAUAACGACUAAAGCUGUUUUUGGAGUAAAGACUGAUCCAUAUAAUGAUCAUAGAUUUGCUAGUUUUGAGGAAGUUAGCAGUAAUAUGGGAAAUAUUCUUUUAUGGGAUGAUCCUCGAUCGGGUUUACUAGCAUCUUUAUCCAAUGAUACAUCUUAUAUAUCAUUAUAUGACAUACAAGAAACUACAUGCAAAUUGCAACCUUACUCGACAACUUUAUCAAAUAAUAGUUCUCCACUUGACGAAGUUAAUCCUCUUAAUAGCGGAUUUGGUAGUGAUGGGGGCGUGCCGAUAGCGAAAUCUACCACUUCUAUGGGAAGUGGCGCCGGAUUUGUUCCUUCAGCUGGUAUUGUCAUGGGAGCACCUAAUAAUCCUGCGUUUAAUGAAAAGAUUAAUGGAAAUGGAGUUGGCGUUGGUGGGGGUAUAUCUAUUUCGGGCAGUAAAGCAGAUGAUGAACUCGACAUUCCUAUAUUAUGGAAAUCUAGGAAAACACAGAAAUUAUCGAAACUUCUUGUAUCUUUUGCUUGGAUACCAACCAUGUCAUCGCCUCAUUCACACCGAUUGUUGGUGAUAAAUAAAGAGUCAACGUUGGAAACAGUCACACUGGAAGAAUGUAUAAAUUUCGGUUGGGAACCACGUGGUAAUAUUAAUAGUGGAUCAGGUUAUGGACAUAAACAUCGUGUUUCUUUAGAUUUAAAGGUUGAUAACGAUUAUGGUAGCGGGAAUAGAACACCUAGACCUAGUGAUCUGAGUAAUUCUUCUAAAGAUGUGAAUGUUCUAAAAAAACAAUUAAAAGGUAUAAUGAUGCAUCGAUCUCAUGAUGAUUUGACGAUGGGUGGUGGUCUGAUGGUAGAAAAAGAUGACGAUGAUAAAGAGCUGUUAAUAUUGCCUUUAAAAACAUUUCAAGAAGAUAUUUCUGUUGUCAUGCGUAAGAGGGCCAAACAAGGAUAUUCUAUGAUUUGUCGUGCCAAUGAAGACCUUGUAAGAGACUCUCCAAAAUUGAAAACGUUAUGGAAUUGGAUAGCUCGAGCGGAAAAACUUUCUUCGGAAGGAAAAUCAUGCAUAGGAAAUAAUGAUUUUAAUUUUCAAGGAAUCCAUUCAGUAUGGAAAGUAGCAUCCACUGGCGGCAGUAAAAGAGUGUCACCAAUGUCAACUCCAAAAGCGUCACCACCAAAAUCUUUUUCUGAAAGAUCUGACCAGGAAGAAAUCGAUAUAAAUGAGAUUCCUAUCACGGUAUUAACUUCUAAAUUAUCACAAAGAAAAUUGGCAUUGACCAUAUGUGGAUGGGGUUUUGGAAAGAAAGAAUUAGAGGAAACUCUUCAAAGAAUGGAACGGGCGGGUAAUUAUGAGAAAGCUGCUGGAUGGGCAUUAUUUCAUGAUUUACCCGAAAGAGCCAUUGCAGCAUUAAAUAAUAGUAAAGAUGAACGAUUGAAAUUGGUAUCAACAGCGUUAGCUGGUUAUGCUGCAAAUAACAAUGAUGUAUCAUAUCAAGCAAGCCUACUUUGGCGUGAAAUGUGUAUAAAUCUAAGUGUUGAAAUGCGUAAUCCAUAUUUACGAGCAAUUUUUUCAUUUAUUGCAUGUGGUCAUUGGUUGGAUGUUUUACAAGAGGAGGGGCUUCCUUUACAGGAUCGUAUAGGCAUUGCGUUGAGAUCUUUGAAUGAUGAAGAGCUCAAUAAUUUCUUACAUGGUAUAACUGAAAAAGUAAUUGCAACCGGUAAUAUAGACGGAAUCAUUUUAACUGGUCUUACACCUGAAGGCGUAUCAUUAUUUGAGAAUUAUAUAAAUAAUACAUGCGACGUUCAGACAGCAAGUCUGGCACUGAGCUUUUGUGUCCCAAGAAAAUUCAAAGAUUCAAGAGUGACAAAUUGGGUAGAAAAUUAUCGUAUGCUGUUGGAUCAAUGGCAAAUGUUUCAUAUACGUGCGAGAUUUGAUAUUGCACGUGGUAAACACAUGAUAUCGUCAACAUCCUCGGCGGCAGAUAUGGUACCACCACAAGUUUACGUAAGAUGUAAUUUUUGUAGUCAAAGUAUUACACAUAGUUUAUUUAUACCCGGCAUGAAAGGCAAGGACGGAGAGAGAUUUACCCUACCAGCUUCUUAUUAUGGGGCUGCGGUUGGAAUGAUAUCUAAACAAAAGACGACUUGUUGCCCUGGAUGUCGAAAACCUUUACCACGAUGUUCUAUAUGUUUAUUGAGCCUUGGAACACCCACUGAUAGUAAGAGAGAAUCUAUCGCUGCUAAUCAGCAAAAUGGAUUUUCUAAUGAUAAACCAUUUGGAUUUGACCUUUGGUUUACAUGGUGUCAAUCAUGUCAUCAUGGAGGACAUGCAAUACACAUGCUACAAUGGUUUCAGAAGCAUAAAUUGAUUACUUCCCUUGAGGAUACUUUAAAAGUACUUUAUAAACGACCCUCAUGGACAUUUGAUAAAGUAAAUAAAGUGUUGGAAAUACCCGAUUCAUUUAACUUAAAUCAGAAAUUAACAGAAGAUCGUGGAGAUUAUGAGGUUACGGCAAAAUUAUUUUAUUUACCAUCAUCAUCAACCUCAAUGAUUGAACCAUUGACUCCACCACCACAAUUCGUGUCACAAUCAGUAUACCAUUUAUUUAAAUUACUUGGAAUCAAUACCAUAGACACAUUUAUCAUCUAUUUUAAUGGAUUAAUGUUUGAUGAAACUAAUGAAAUAUCAAACAAAUUCAAUAAACCUUCUCCUCGUCCUAAUAUGAAUAACAGCAAAGAAAAUGACUUGAAUAAUCACUCCAAAAAUGAUAUUGACAGUUUACUUGAAGUUUGGAAAGAAUUGGAAACUUUUCACAAAAAGGAUAUGAUUUAUAAAUUAGGCGUUAGCGAAUUCACCAAAAAUCAAUUGGAAAAUUUUAUACAAGCCGUUGAGGUUCCUCCAAAGGUAGAUCAAAUUAAUUUCGACUGUUGUUCAAUAGCAAAAGAGAUUAUCGAAUUCGCCAAAAAGAAUAAUAUAGAAUUAUUAUCACAUAAUGAUUCAACCGAUAUAUUACCUUCCACUACUUUUCAAAAAAUUCUUGAAGAGGCUAAUACAAAUAAAGUUAGGUUAAACAAAGAUUUAUCACCUCGUUGGGUACUUAAAUAUUCCGUGAUGAUUAAAUGUAGGGGGGUCAUUAAUAAUAAAGGGUAUAUUGUAAUGGCAAGUACACCAAAUUCGGAUCCAAAAUUUACUUAUAACAUAGAUUAG